UAAAGUAAAACAAGAUCAACCUCAAGAUUUAGAGCAGUCAGUCUAUCACCGCAGUGUGCAGAGCAGAAGAAACUCCAGCUUCUCCAGCAAUGCCCGAAAUCUCAGACUCCGAUUCCUCCAAAUUACCGGACAAUGCUAGUAAAGUACCACCUCAACCCCAAUCCCAACCCGACUUCGACCCGAAAUUAAUGCGCGAAACCAAACCCGGAUUGAAGCGCCUUUUUCUGACCUUGACCGUCCUCUUCUCCUUCCUCCUUGGUUUCCCGUUCUUAUGGAAAUCCGUCGAAAUCUACCGUUCUCCUCUGCCGUUUCGCGAAAUCGACUCGCUCUUGACUCAGCUUCGGUCCGAUACUUUACUCUUCCCGCUCCAUUUCCACGCCCUUUUCAUCGGCUUCGAUUCAGAUCCCGAUCGUAUCCGUCUGUCAAUCCUCUCCGAAAUUACCAAAGUAACCUCUCAAAACCCUAAAUGCUCCAACAAUUACACUCUCUCCGUCACCGUGGACUUCGGCCCCCGUUGCCUUCGGUUCCCAAUUUCGUCUCCACAUUCGAUUUCUUACCAGUGCGGAUCGAUCACCGCCACUGAUUUUGUUCAGAACGAUGACGUGGCGGUCGAUGAGAAGUUGGAGUCAGUUUUUAGCGGGAAAACUAAGGAGUACAGUGUGGUGGUGGUGAAGGGUGAGAGUGAGAAAGCUGUUGUGGGAAAGUAUAGGCACGCGUGGAUGGUUGUUGGUGGUGGCUGGGAGAUGGAGAUAGCAGCGGUGAAGGUUGCGGAGGUGUUGGUCAAGGUGUUUGUGAAUGGUGGAAGAGAGGAAGGGUCGAUUCGGAAUGAGUUUAUGCCCGUGGGAGCUGAUGGGAAGAUCGUUCUUUCCUUCAAUUUACUCAAUGCGGAUCCACGUGAUUGGGUUUAUGAUUGGGAUUUCCGAAAGAUUGAUGACGGUUUGUUGGCCACUAUGAUUGACGCUUUGGGACCUGUGGCUAACAUCAGUGUAGAGAGUCAGGUUUUGUACCACACACCAAAGGCCUCUUUCUCCUAUUGGAAUCAAAAGUUGGAGAGCCAUGUCUUUAGUAAUAAAGAUCUUCCUUUCUUCGUAAAUUCUAAUGAAUGGCACUUAGAUACUUCAAUUGCAGCUGGUGGGCGAUCAAAGAUAUUGCAAUUUGUGGUAUAUGUACCAUCUGCAAAGGAAUGCCCUCUUCUUCUCCAGCUGCCAAAUGGAGAGAUUUCCAAGACAAAUGGCUUUAUAUCUCCAAUGUGGGGAGGUGUUAUUGUUUGGAAUCCCCAAGGCUGUUUAAAGGACUCAGAAAACAAGCCCACUGCCGGGCACAGAAUUCCCAUGCAGGAUCUUGAGAACAUGUUUGAAGUAUUCAUUGGGCAGUUCCGGCAAAUUUUUGGUUUCAAGUCUGUCAAUGUUUAUGCCGGUGCAUCAGGCGUUUGGAACCUUCUACCUAGCGAAAGAGGUUUUACUGUGUGGGAAGUGGAUGUCUUGUCACGGCAGCACACAUGUUUUAAUCUUCAUUCAUGUGCUACAACCCUUGGAUCUCUUUCAAGAUUGGUUCAAUCACUGCCGAGGAUGAUUAUUAUGGAUGAGAUCGGAAAACAGGUAAAGCUUUCUCUUGAGGCAGCAAAGCUGGCACAAAGUAAUGCUUCUAGUGGAGUAUAUGAAUCUUCAGCUGCUUCCUCAAGAAAAGCAAGGUCUCUGGCAGAGGAUUCCUUUUUCCACCCAUCUAUUAUGUCUGUCAGCUACUAUUCCUUUGAGCACUGUUUUGCUGUCUACUCGCCGUUCUUUUUGCCCGUUUCUAUGCAUAUUGGGCUUGCAGCUUUAAGAGAAUUGAGAAGAUAUAAGAAAGAAAAGGCCAAGUAUCUAGCUUGGAAGGCUAAAUCAAACACAGCAUCUUAAGUGUUUCCCUGGAUCGAAGAUUGACAUCAAGCAAAGGCUGCAACAGCUAGAUAGGAAGAUAACUAGCCACGGGAGAAGUUCAAAAAACAAUUUAGCCUUGGGAGAAACACGAUUUUUGAAACACGUUAUGCGUGCUUGUAUCUGUAGCAAUUUACCUGAUGUCAUAUACCAUAGAAAAUUUAUUAAGAAAAAAUGUUAGAAUUUGAGACUAUUUUGAUGAGUAGUAUGUCUUGGAUAUAUUCAGACUUUUAUUGGUUAGCCAUGAAAAAUCAAGAAUUUGAGACUAUUUUGAUGGGUAGAAGUCUUGGAUAUAUGCAGACUGUUAUUGGUUAGCGAUGAAAAUCAACAGAAGUGUAGCGUAUUCUUGAGGCCCCUUCCUUUUAUUAAAGCCUUUUGACGACAAAAACCAUAGGAAAAGAAAACUACAUUUACUUAACAAUGAAAGAUGCAGAAGUUAAAACUUUUAUCUUUCAUCUAGGGGGUAAAAAUAAAACACAGACUGUAUAUUCGAGUGGCUUAUAACACAGUUGCUGGCCCCAUGAUAUAUAAAGAAGCGGGGUUCUCAUUACGUGACACAUUAUUUCAGCUCAAAAUCACCCUUUACACUGAUUUAGAUUUCAGAAAGCUUCCUAAAAUAUUAAGACAAUGCGGCACAUACAUUUCUUUAAAGUUUCUAACUGAAGCCACUAAUGAAAAAAAAAAA